CAUUAGUGCUUUAAAUUUACUAUCAAUUGAAAGAGAUGGCAUUCAUAGCAAACGACUCGAUGUAUUGACCAGAAGUGCCCAACAAUUGGGUCUUACGGUCGACAGUCAGAUAAGUCAUGACAUCGAUUAUAUUAUUACUGAUUUUGAAUCCGAGGAUCAAGUGGUGGACAGUCUUGGACUCGACUUGACAGACAUGAAAGCCGUAAUCGUCAACACCAAGUGGUUAACCGAUUCAAUACAAUCUAAACAAUUGAUGUCUUAUAGUAGUAGCUAUUCAUUGAAGAAGCGAAAGACUAAAAGACAGACUAAUGAAUUGACAGCAAGUAAUGCAUCAAACAGUGAGUAUAUAUGUCAGCGAAAGUGUCCACUGAAUCACCCGAACGGCAAACUAACAGAACCAUUAGAAGUGUUAGCUAAAGAAGCGGAUCUUAAGAAUUGUUUAUUUGAUUCGAUCCGAUAUUUGGCAUUUAAGAAGGCAUCGGCAGCUCUUAAAUGUUUAUCAUUUACUGUCACCAAAAUCGAUGAAAUAAUACAUUUGAAAGAUAUUGGGAAACACUCUAAAAAAGUUAUACAAGAAAUACUCGACGAAGGAGUCAGUAGUGAAGUGGAAACUAUUCGACAAUCACUUUGGUUUCAAACGAUGUCUUUGUUUACAAAUAUUUAUGGAAUCGGACCAAAAACUGCUCAAAAAUGGUAUGAUUUGGGUUUGAGAUCAUUGGAUGAUAUCAUGAAUGAUAAGUCCAUAAUGAAGAAACAAAGUAUGCGUGUGUUGUAUGGAUUAGCUUUUUAUGACGACCUCAAUAGUGGUUUGUCUAAAUCAGAAGCCAAUAAAAUCAUGUCUAUAGUCAACAAAGCGAUUCAAACAAAACUGGGAAACGAUUCAACAAAAAUUGAUUGCUAUUUAACAGGAGGUUUCAGUAGAGGUAAAGAGUUUGGACACGACGUCGAUAUAUUGAUUACACACAAUGAAAAUGGGCGAGAAGUGGGUUUGCUUAGUGCUAUUUACAAGCAAUUGAAGGAAAUGGAUGUUAUAUUAUUAGGCAAUUUUAGUAAAUCUGAUAAUAUUGACUCUCAAAGUGAUAAUAAUAACAAUAAUCACACACUCGAUAAUUUUGAUAAAAUGUUUUUACUUUUUAAACUACCCAUUGAUGAGAAUAAUUGUUGUUUAAGGACUCCUGAGUUUGAUAAGGACUCCACAAAAGCAUUGUUUGAUUUUGCGAAAAGUGAGAUCAAAAGUGGGUGGAAGUUAUGUCGAGUCGACCUAAUUGUGUGUCCAAAUUCUCAGUUGUGUUUUGCACGCAUCGGAUGGACCGGUAAUGAAAUGUUUUGUCGUAGUCUUAGAGAUUACGCUAAAAAAGAGUUGAACUAUAGAUUAAGUAAUCAUUGUUUGCAUGACUUGAACAAUGACUGUCAUCUGAAUGCCAUCACUGAACAUGAAGUCUUUGAACUCUUGAAACUACCUUUUAUUGAUUACCAUUUUAGGAAUCCUUAA